AUGUCUGUACGUCUUGAGACACAAAGCUGUGCACCUCAUGUCAUCCUUGACACCAUCAGGAAUCAACGCAACCAAUCCACCACCGCGAUAGGAAUCCAUCACGCACACAACCUUGUUCAUCGAGUAGGCCAGUCAAUACUAUACGCCAUCGGAUCCCUCCAGGUUAAUACGCCGCGAACAGCAGAUGUCAGUCACAUGUUUAACUUGGCUUGA